CACGACAGACUGUAGAGAGGGAGACACACAGAGGACUCUGAGGAAUACAGCGCCACAGAAACCAUCUCUCAAAAGCAGCCCUGUCUCUCCUUCAGCUGAACAUCAGAUGGCUAUGGAGCUGCCUGCAGCAUUCCUAUCUGAAGACCAGUUCACCUGCUCCAUCUGUCUGGAUGUGUUCAACAACCCGGUCUCAACCUCAUGUGGCCACAGCUUUUGCCAGGCCUGCAUCUCCUCCUACUGGGAUGGAAAAGUGGGGGCCAAGACCUAUGAGUGUCCCCUCUGCAAGGAGCCUUUCCGCAAAAGGCCAGAGCUCCAUAUUAACCGCACCCUGAAGGAGAUCACCGAACAUUUCAAGCAGAUAGUCAGCUCCGGAGUGCCAAGUUUGGACGAUCCAAACUCACACCCUCGCCAUCGUCAUCACUCGCUUUCUUUACCCCAGAGGCCUGGGGAGAUGCCAGUGACCGUCUUCACUGAGAUGAUGAAUCGUUUCCAGCAGCUGCAGACUCCUGGGACGCCUAACGACACACUUUCCUCACCCGAUGAUCUUCACCCUCAGAGCCCAGGUCCAGCCAGCAAUGAGCACCAAGACUCGCCUCCACCCUACUCACCUCCACGAAGGCAUACUGUGAAUGUCCCCUGUGACUCCUUGCCGAAUCUUCCCAAGUGUCCCCUGCACCUGAGAGCACUGGAGUUCUUCUGUCGCACCGACAACAUCUGUGUCUGCAUCAGCUGUGUGGAGACCGCAGAGCACCGAGGACACAACGUCAUCCCCGCCCAGAGGGAGUGGCACAUCAAGAAAUCCCAGUUGGGUAUUGCAGAUGUGGAGCUGAAGGGUCUCAUCUCUGAGAGGGAGAGGAAAGUGGCGGAAAUACACAACUCCUUACGAGAGAUACAGGCUGCUGCUGAGACACAGACGCAUGGAACUGUAAGUGUGUUUUCCAAGCUGAUCACCAGUUUGGAGCGCAGCCGAGCUGAAGUCUUGGAGGUGUUGGAGAUCAGCCGGCAGGCGGCUGAGUACAGAGCGGAGAUCCUGCUGACGGAGCUGCAGGAGGAGAUAUCUAAGCUGAGAAAGAGGAGGGACGCAAUGAGCCAGAUGGCUCUGACUGAAGACUACGUACUCUUCCUCAGGAGCUUCCCUGAGCUGUCCAGCCCUCCACCAGCGAAGGACUGGUCCUCGGUCUCUGUGGUGUCUGAGCUGUGCUCAGGGGUGGUUCUCAGGACUGUCAAUCAAAUCAUGAAUCGUGUCCAGGAAGAGAUACAGAAACUGCCCAAAGCCUUCCAGCAAUCGUCAGAGCAUGCUGUACCAAGGACCAACACAAAGACAAGAAAAGUUCAAGAAUAUGCAACCAAUGUCAUUUUAGACGCCAAUACAGCCCACCCACGUCUCAUCAUCUCAGCAGACGGGAAGCAGGUUCUGUGUGGGGAGCGCCAUCAGUCGCUGCCUGAUUACCCCGAGCGCUUCGACCGGGUGGUGUGUGUGCUGGGUCGCCAGGGCUUCAGCUCAGGACGCCACUACUGGGAGGUGGAGGUUGGAGGAAAGACUGACUGGGACCUGGGAGUGGCAAGUCACGCCGUCAAUCGGAAGGGCAAAAUCACCGUGAGCCCCGCCCACGGCUACUGGUUCCUGAGCUUGCGAGAUCGGACGGAAUACGCUUUCCGAACAGAACCCUCCACCAACCUGACUGUGAACCCCAGACCCACGCGGGUUGGAGUCUUUGUGGACUGUGAUAAGGGGGUGGUGUCCUUCUACAACGUGGAGGCCAGAUUGCUCAUCUUUACAUUCACAGCUGCUUUUCCUGACACCAUCCAUGCGUUCUUCAGCCCCUGUACCAACAAAUCAGGGCGGAAUGAGGCUCCACUCAUCAUCUGCCCUGUUGCAAUGCCAGAAUGAAAUCUGAAAAGGACUUCCAUUCGCUUCAUGUAUGAUGAUAUACCUCUGCAACCUUUGAUCAGCUGCAAUUUAAUGCGGAGUUUGUCAUGAGGCUAAAAGUUUACUGAAAUUAUUCAUGCCUGAGGUGUCACUCAUGUGGUGGUUUUAUGGGCCAUAUAUCAAUACUUUUAGACUGUUCUCACAUUGGUCAUUAUCAUGUUUGGCACUAUUUAUUGCGGGAAAUUAGGAAAUAUUCAGACACCUUGCAGAAAAGAGACCUAGCUGAAAGGCAGGGCAUCACAUUUUUUCCAGAGUGAAAACAUUGAAACAGUGUCUACACUAAAAACCAAUGUAUGGCUGCAAUUAAUAUUAUUAUUAUUACAUACAUAUAAUAUUGUUUACUUGUAUAUCAUGCAAUGGUUUACAUGAGACUUAAUAUACUGAUGAAUAUAGGCCUACUGAUCAGGAUUUUAUUCAUUUUGUUCCCGAUCACGGUCAAGUUGAAAAUGUGUACAGCUGUGUCCGAGCAGCAUUGAAGUGGCUCAAACACAACAAUACCAUUUUGGAAUUGCCAUUCAAAAUUCGCAUGACCACCAUUAACAGAAUGUUGUCAGGCCAGUUGGGGCAUGACGUUUUUUCUGUUGUAAAGAGCAAACACGGAAGCUUAAAUGGAUUCUAGAAGUUACGUGGUUAUUUUUCUUGUACAUCUAAAAUAAGAGCUGUCUACAGCAAUCUAAUGUAUCAGUCUUUGGAAUGCCCCGUGUUGCUGUCUGUUUAUUAAGUGAUCCUACGGGAAUAGAAACUCUAAGUCAAGAUCAAAUAAAAUAUAGAUUUUUAACCCUUUAAGAUCACAUAUUCUGCACAUAUUUAACAACAUGUGCACAAUUGAAAAACUAAUAAAUGCCUUUAUAUAUAUUUUAAUUAAAACCCCAUCAUCUUUUCUUAAAAAUGUGCUCUCACCUAAGCAAGAAACAAAUCAUCUCUGUAUCAGGCAGUGAUUUCAUCCUCUCAAUAUAAGAUCUCCUCUUAGGCUGUGCUGCAAUUGUUUUCAUAUUAUGACGUUUAUGGUUUUUUCUGUUCUUUGCUUUUAUUAUCACAGAAGCCUGUUUUAAAUGUGUUUUACAAAUAAAGUUGACUUGACCUCG